AUGAGGUUCGUCAGCCGACGUGGUCCUCCCACCAAGGCCUUCAGUGACAAUGGUACAAAUUUUAAAGGUGCGGAAACCGAGAUAAAGGAAGCUUUGACAAAAUUGAAUCAGGAUCGUAUUUCUCGUUCUUUGAGAAGUUGUGACAUUGAAUGGAAUUUUAACCCACCAGCUGCAAGCCACGCGGGUGGUGUCUGGGAAAGGAUGAUCCGAUCAAUCAGGAAAAUAUUGCGUUCGUUGAUGACAGAUCAGUUGGUGAAUGAUGAAACUCUUGCAACAAUUUUGGCAGAAGUCGAGAAAAUCCUGAACAAUCGACCUUUCAACCGACUUAGUGAUGAUCCUAAUGAUGUAGAGCCAUUGACUCCGAAUAAAUUGUUGUUAUUACGUCCAAAUCCUUGCUAUCAACCCGUUGAAUUUGGCGAAACUACUUUGUACAACAAGAAAUGGAAACAAGCCCAGUAUCUUGCCUCCAUAUUUUGGAAGCGUUGGAUUAAGGAUUACUUACCUACUUUACAAGAACGUCAGAAAUGGUUACGCCCUCGACGAAAUGUUGUUCCUGGUGAUCUCGUUUUAGUCGUGCAAGAGAAUGUUCAACGUGGACAGUGGCCGAAAGCUAUAGUUGAAGAAGUAUUCCCUGAUGAAUAUAGUCAUGUUCGCCAUGUUAUAAUAAGGACUGAAACUGCGCGAUUACGACGUGACGUGCGAAAACUGUGUUUGUUAGAAAGUGCUAUUUAA